UCACGGUAACCCGCGCGGGGCGGGGGAUUCCACCAUGAGCGUCCGGGCGGCGCGUGGCGCGUGGGCCCGGAGUUGGGGCGCGGUCUUCCGCCGUGGCGCCUCGGGCCUCCCGCAGCCUCCCCUGGGCACCGCGGGCGUGGCGGAGCUGCUGCGGGACGCGACGGUGGCGGCGGAGGACGGGCCCUCGGAGGCGGCGGCGCGGCGGGCGCCGGGCCAGUGCUCGGUGCUGCUCUUCCCCGGCCAGGGCAGCCAGGUGGUGGGCAUGGGCCGCGGCCUGCUGGGCUACCCGCGCGUCCGCGAGCUCUACGCCGCCGCCCGCCAGGUGCUGGGCUACGACCUGCUGGAGCUGAGUCUGCACGGGCCGCAGGAGGCCCUGGACCGCACCGCGUACUGCCAGCCCGCCGUCUUCGUGGCUUCGCUGGCCGCCGUCGAGAAACUGCAUCACCUGCAGCCGGCGGUCAUUGAGAACUGUGUGGCUGCUGCUGGAUUCAGUGUGGGUGAAUUUGCAGCCCUGGUGUUUGCAGGAGCCAUGGAGUUUUCUGAAGGUUUGUAUGCAGUGAAAAUCCGAGCUGAGGCCAUGCAGGAAGCCUCGGAAGCUGUCCCCAGUGGGAUGUUGUCUAUCCUCGGCCGGCCUCAGACCAAGUUCAACUUUGCCUGUUUGGAAGCCCGGGAGCACUGCCAGUCUUUGGGCAUAGAGGACCCCGUGUGCGAAGUGUCCAACUACCUCUUUCCUGACUGCAGGGUGAUUUCAGGACACCUAGAGGCCCUGCAGUUUCUGCAGAAGAAUUCCUCUAAGUACCACUUCAGACGCACCAAAAUGCUGUCGGUUAGCGGAGGGUUCCACACCCGCCUCAUGGAGCCUGCCCUGGAGCCCCUGGCUCAGGUUUUAAAGACGAUCGAGAUUAAGAAACCUCUGGUUGCCGUUCAUUCCAACGUGGAUGGAAACAAGUACAUGCAUCCGAAACACAUACAGAAGCUUCUGGGGAAGCAGGUGGUCUCCCCCGUGAAGUGGGAGCAGACUAUGCACGCCAUAUAUGAAAGGAAGAAGGGCAGCGAGUUCCCCCAGACUUUCGAAGUCGGGCCCGGCAAGCAGCUGGGGACCAUCCUGAGAAGCUGUAACCAGCAGGCGUGGAAGUCCUACAGUCACGUGGAAGUGCUGGAGGCCGCCCAGGAGCCGGACCCUUAGGCAUCUUCCCAGCAAGGGCCUCUGGGGGACGAGGCUUGGGGUGGGUGCAGGUGGGACAACUGGGAGCAGCUCUGCGGAGGGGCUGCACCUGCCCCUGCCUCUCAGGGCCCCACCUCUGAGUGACUGCAAGUAAUUAUUUGCAAAGUGCUUUGAGUUGCUACCUAAAAAAGCACUAAAGAUGUUUAUUUAUUUACAUGAUACAAUCCAUUUCUUCCCCUUGAAAAUACUCAAGUGCCAGGGGGAAAGCUGCAACAGUGACCAUUACAGUGACCGGUAAAAUCUUGCUGUGCCUCCACCAGCUUUGCCACUGUGGGCAGCCGCAGCCCCUCUGCAGGCCGAGGUUCCCCCACCCCAGGGGCCGGAGCACCCUGGCUGGCAGGUGCACUCUGGGGAAGAAGCUGGCCUGGCCUGCUGAGGGUGCCCUCCCCAGCGGUGCUGCAGCCUUCUGGGCGGAGGGGGCGUCAGGUCCUCCUGCCGUCACGGGCUCCCCACUGCUCUGGUGGCGGCUGGCCACCCAGGGCUGGCGCCUCUGCUCCAGGAUCGUCUUGAGCAACUGCUGUAUGCCAGGGAGUGAGUAGCCUCUGCCCCAGACGGGAGCAGGGUGUGAGGAGUGGGGGUGGGGUGUCCAGAAAUGGGGAGCAGAGGCAGCAGGAGGGCGACUGAGGUCCCUGAGCCCCAUGGGGUGAGCCCUGGCCUCUUCAGGGAGCAGUGUCCUGAGGAGGGCCCCUGUCCUGUAGCAGUGAUCGAGGAACUGUGCUGGUGCCCUGUCAGGCUCAGGCCUGCCCCACUCCUGGGGUGGGCACAGGCUCGCCUCAGCACAGCUGCCUGCUCUAAGAUUCAGUAAAUACCAGUGAUUCUAA